AUGUUUAAUUUAAAUUUUUCUGCUAAAAUUAAAGAAGCUGAAGAACAUGUUAAACAAGGAGAAAAAUAUUUAAAAACAUCAUUUACAAAAUGGAAGCCAGACCUUGAUUCAGCUAUUGAUGAAUUCGAUAAAGCAUGUACAUGUUAUCGUGUUGCAGAAAAAUAUGAACAAUGUCGAGAUUUAUCAAUACGAUUAGCUGAAUUACAAAUACAAAAAGGUAGUACAUUUUUUGCUGCUAAAUCCUAUGAACAAGCAGCACAAAUGGCACAACAAGUACAAGAUUUAAAAACAGCUGCUAAAUAUUAUGAUAAAGCAGGCGAAUUAUAUGUUGAAGGAGGUCAUUGUGAUUCUAGUAUUAUACUUUAUGAACGUUGUGCACCACAAUUUCAACAAUUUGAUCGUACAAUAUCUAUUGAUUUUUAUCUUAAAGCAGCACAUUUAGCUGAACAAGAUAAAACUUAUCAAGCAGCUGAUUUAUAUGAAAAAGCAGCUAUGCAAACACUUCGUACAGGAAAUUAUCCAAAAACAACUGAAUUACUUGAAAUAGUUACAAAAACUUUAACAACAUUAGAACGUUAUGAUCGUAUUAAUCGUGUAAUACUUUAUCGAAUAUUACUUAAAUUAUUUAAUGAUGAUAGUGUAGCUGGUAGAAAUAUAUUUGAUCAAGCUUGUCAAACUUAUCCAACAUUUGAACAAUGGGAAGAACGAAAUCAUAUUGAAUUAUUACUUGAUGCAUUUGAUCAAGAUGAUAAAGAUUUAAUUAGUCAACGUUGUCAAAAACCAUAUUUUAUGGCAAUUGAACCUGAAUUUGUUCGUUUAAUAAAACGUUGGAUUCGUCCAAUAGCAAAUAAAGAUGAUGGACAACAAAAAACAAUAAAUAGUGCUUCUUCAUCAACAUCUGGAGUCAAACCAGUGCAAUUAGAUGAUGAUGAAAUUGAUUUACGUUAA